AUGCAUUGCUCAGGAGAUGCCUUGAAUUCUGGAAGUGCUGGUGAACAGGACCCACCAUAUGAACUGGAGCGUCUGAGCAACCUAGUUGGUAAACCAUCUGAGAACCAUCCCCUGCACAAUAGUGGACUAUUGAGCCUAGAUCCUGUUCAGGACAAAACACCCCUUUACAGCCAACUUCUUCAAGCCUACAAAUGGUCAAAUAAGUUGCAGUACCAUGCCGGGCUAGCAUCUGGCCUUUUGAAUCAGCAGUCUUUGAAACGUUCAGCCAACCAGAUGGGAGUAUCUGCAAAACGCAGACCAAAAGCCCAGCCAACAACUCUUGUCUUACCUCCUCAAUAUGUUGAUGAUGUGAUCAAUCGCAUUGAUAGGAUGUUCCCUGAAAUGUCUAUCCAGCUAUCCCGGCCAAAUGGAACCUCGGCAAUGCUUCUG